CCGUACCUUACGUUUCUUGUACGCACUCGGUUGCCGUAGUUCAUGUGCUCUCCGUUUGAAUCAAGUGGUGUAGCUCUGUAGCAACGAGUAGCAUCAGCCUACAACUUAAGUUGGAAACGACGUUUAAUAUUUCACAAGCGUUUAAAAGGUUUCAAACAACUAAUAACUAUGAAUGUUCAACCCUCAAACCCGAACAAUCCGAUUGUGUUCUUUGACGUCACUAUCGGUGGCCAGGAAAUAGGGCGAAUGAAGGUGGAGCUCUUCGCUGAUGUUGUUCCUAAAACGGCAGAGAAUUUCCGGCAGUUCUGCACCGGAGAGUUCAAGAAGGAUGGUGUUCCUAUUGGAUUUAAAGGCUGUACAUUUCACAGGGUAAUCAAGGACUUCAUGAUCCAAGGAGGAGACUUUGUGAAUGGUGACGGCACUGGUAUAUGCAGUAUCUACAGGGGUCCCUUUGCAGAUGAAAACUUCAAAAUGAAGCACAAUGCACCAGGCCUCUUAGCAAUGGCGAACAGUGGACCUGGAACAAACGGGUGCCAGUUUUUUAUCACGUGCGUCAAGUGUGAUUGGCUGGACGGGAAACACGUGGUUUUCGGGAAGGUGGUGGACGGUUUGCUUGUCAUGCGGAAGAUUGAGAAUGUGCCGACAGGACCCAACAACAAACCCAAGCUGCCCAUCGUGAUUGCCCAGUGUGGGGAGAUGUGAACCAAUCCCCACCUGGACCGAGCGCAUGCUGCCAUCUCCGGUGGAUCUCUGCAGUGCCUCUGCUUGGCAGAGGAAGGGGGGCAUUUUCAGUGGAUUCUUUAGUCUCUCAUUCCUGUCCAACAGUGCAAAUAGUUUUUUUUUUUCUAAUCAGAUGUGUUAGCAAGCACUUUUUUGUUUUUGUUUUUAAUUCUUAAAACAUUUUAGAAAUAUUGAGGGGAUAUCGCUAGAAUAACAUCCAUUAUGGAAAUAUAAUUCAGGAUCUUUACUUCGUAAAGACUGUUUAAUAUUUAUGGUUGGAGGAAAUGGUAAGCGAUGGAACACUGCCAUUUGGUUUAAUCCGUAUGAACACAGUGCAUGAGAACAGUGAAGGUGUUAAAAGCUACGUUUAAAACUGGGGCAUGGUCUCAAACAAGGAUUUCAGUCCGCCAGUAUCUUGGCACAUUUAUUUUGUCUUAAUUUGAAAAUAUACAGUAUAUUUUUCAUUUGCACAAAUGAUAAUGAGACAAGACAAUUGAAACAUCAGGACAUAUGAAUGCAGAUUAUUUAAGAUUUCAGACUGAUGCAAUGUCUAUUUAAACCUUUCCCCAGCUUGAUCGGUCAAUGACUCACUCAUUAGGUUCCUCGCUUCAAUGUUGUGUAUAACCUGAUUAAAUAAAUGUUUUGAUAA